GGACGUUUAAGGAAAAUGAAGUCUCUGUCGCUGGUCGCGAUUAUCUUGGCCCUAGCCGGCUGUCAGGCAGCUACAUUGGUCGAGCCUCCGUCUGAUAUUCCAGCACCGCUAAAUGCUAUUGAUAACAUAAUUGUGGAUGUUCUGGAGUCGUGCAAGCUUGGUAUGGUGGAAGGUUGGCCACAAUAUGGCAUACCACCGCUUGCGCCUUUCGAGAUCCAGCACAAGGAUUUCAACUUUGGGACGGGCGAGCUACACGCCACCGGCGCUCUGGAUGGCCUGGUUGUGAGAGGGUUGAACGAGUUUGAAAUACGCACUAUGAGUGUGAAUCUCAUACUAAGUCGCAUUAAGUUUGAGUUGCAUUUUGCCAGCUUGAACCUAACCACUCAGUAUGAGGCGGAUGUGGAGGCCGGUUAUCAUAUGGCGCGUGGUGGUGGCGCCUUUUUGGCUCUGGAAGAUCUGAACAUGUCCGGCCAGAUUAAAUACUCCACGGGAGUGGUGGGCAGCAGCAAUAAUUUGCGCAUCAAGGGAAUCGAGCUCAAUAUAGUGGCGGGCAAUGUGGUCUCCAAUAUCGAGAAUCUAUCCAAGUAUCGCAUUCUGAAUCGCAAACUCAACGAGAUUGUCGAGGAGUUCAUCAGCCUAACUAUUAAUGAAAAUACGGACUUUUUCGCUGAUUGGGUGGACAGCACAGUAACGCCCAUUUGCAAUGAUCUGAUUGGCGAUCGUUCCAUUAAGGAUAUUCUAGAUCUCAUCGGCGGUGGCAGCGAAUAGAGGUUAACUUUUCAGCAGGCGUGCAAUAAAAAGAAUUGUAAAAUUCA